AUGCAGCCUGUGCACCCACCGGAUUCUUGUGCAACUGAGCCGCAUCCACAGCCCCUGUGUGAGAUCCACCCGGUCGAUGGAGAGAAUCCUCACGCCCCAGAUCCGAGUCAACACAAAAAGUCAGAAGGUGAUCAGGAAAAACAAGCGAUCGACGAUGAAUUGGCGCCCCUUCACAGUGUCAUGCCAAAUGGCGAAAAGACUUUCGUUAUUAUGGCGGGAUCUUUUGCGGCCCUGUUUUCACCUCUCUCCAGCAGUAUUUAUCUGCCGGCGCUCCCAUCCUUGGCUAGCGACAUGAAUGUUUCUGUCUCGCUGAUUAACUUGACUAUCACAACAUACGUGAUAUUCCAAGGACUAGCACCUUCUUUCAUUGGUAGCUUUUCAGACAUCUAUGGGCGCCGUCCUGCAUAUAUCAUUGCAUUUGUCAUUUAUCUCGGAGCCAACAUUGGCCUCGCUUUGCAAAACAACUUUACCGCAUUAAUGAUCUUGCGCUGUAUGCAGUCCUCGGGCAGCAGUGGCACAAUUGCCUUAGGGACCGCUGUCAUAGCCGAUCUCUCGACUCGUGCCGAACGAGGAAAGUACAUUGGAUAUGCUGGAAUUGGGAUGGCACUAGGACCGACACUUGGCCCAGUUAUCGGUGGGCUGUUGGAUCAUUUCCUGGGGUGGCGAUCGAUAUUUUGGUUCCUGGUCAUUCUAUCGGGUGUUUGCUUUGUGGUGAUCCUUGUUGUUUUCCCUGAGACAUGUCGAGCUGUUGUGGGGAAUGGGUCGGUGCCACCAGCCCCGUGGAAUCGCCCACUGUGGACAUUGUUCGUACGAACAUCCCGAUUCGACGACGAACAAGGGACCGCCGAUCACUCCACCAUCCAGGAACUGAAGAAGCGCCCAAACCCAAUUUCAGCUCUCUUAAUAGCCACACAAAAAGAGAUGGGGUUGGUACUUUUAUACGGCUCCUUUUUGUACGCAGGGUACAUGGCCGUUAUCAGCACUCUAUCGACCGAGUUGGCAAGUCGAUUUGGAUUCAACUCGAUUGAAAUUGGACUGUGCUAUCUUCCCAUGGGCCUUGGAAGCAUAAGCUCACGUUGGGUAGUUGGCCGACUCUUGGACUGGAAUUUCCGCCGCGAGGCACAUUUGCAGGGAAUGAUCAUUCACAAGAACCGACAACAGGAAAUUGGAAAAUUCAAUAUCGAACGAGCACGCCUGGCGAUUACCCUUCCAUUGAUUUAUUCGGCUAGUCUUUGCAUCUUAGCUUACGGUUGGGUAAUGCAGUAUCGCACUCCACUGGCGGGCCCCCUUGUGAUGUUGUUCUUCACUGGUCUUACAACCACGAGUGCGUUCAAUACCUUGACUACAUUGGUUGUGGAUAUCAAUUACCAAAGCGCCGCGACCGCUGCGGCAGCAAAUAAUUUAUUUCGCUGCCUCAUGGGUGCUGGAGCCACGGCAGUCGCGUCCCCUCUAAUAAAAUCCAUUGGCAUUGGAUGGACAGCUACAUUCAUCGCUGGCCUUUGGGUGUUAGGCAGUCCUGCUUUAUGGGUUGUUUUUUACCGGGGAGGUGCUGUCGCUGCGAUAAUCCUCUCGAGCGUAGCACGCGCAAUCACUUUCGAUAUUAACGAUGAACGUACGUGGUGGAGUUCGGAUCCUCCCUUCAUGUCAAUUACCGAGGGCAACGAGAAGCUAACAUUUGAGUUCAUAACAGAGUCAAUCAAAGAUGCCGCGAGUACAUCGAGUUAUGCUAUGAUGAAGUACUAUUACGGCAACGAGACCGGUCAGAUCCCUGGAGCCUUUCCAGACAAAUGGUGGGAAGGAGCCCCACUCCUUAUGGCCCUGUUAGAAUACUGGCACUUUACUGGCGACACGACAUACAACGAGGAACUAAGUGUUGCAUUGCAAUGGCAAUCAGGCACGUCCGGGGACUAUAUGCCAAGCAACUACAGUUCUUAUUUGGGAAACGACGACCAGAUGUUCUGGGGUCUAGCAGCUAUGACUGCCACUGAGUUCGCAUUUCCGGAUCGCUCGACUGGAUUCUCUUGGCUCUCUCUAGCCCAGGGUGUCUUCAAUACUCAGAUCAAAAGAUGGGAUACAACCUCCUGUGGCGGUGGUCUACGGUGGCAAAUCUGGCCCUACCAGUCUGGCUACGGAAUGAAGAACUCUAUUUCUAAUGGGGGGCUAUUCCAGUUAUCUGCGCGUCUAGCCCGCUACACCGGAGAUGCAAUCUAUCUCAAGUGGGCUAACAAGAUUUGGGAUUGGUCUGUCUCGUCACCUCUGCUUAACAAUUCAACAUGGAAUGUUGCCGAUUCCACCAAUGUUGAUAAUGAUUGUGCGACCCAGGGAAAUGCCCAAUGGACUUACAACUAUGGCACCUUCCUGAUGGGGGCGGCAUAUAUGUACAACUAUACAAAUGGCACUGCCCAGUCUCAAUGGCUGACGGCAGUGAAUGGCCUAUUGAACAAGACCAUUGACGACUUUUUCAUCACCGAUGGGAUUAUCGAAGACUAUUACUGCGAGCCUGCAGCAAACUGCAAUAACAACGAGAUCCUCUUCAAAGGACUGACUUCCACUUGGCUCGCAUUCACUGCUCUACUUGUUCCAUCGACAUAUGACACCAUUCUCGCGAAGCUCCAAACAUCAGGCCAGGCAGCAGCUGCAUCCUGCACUGGCCACAACAAUGGAACCUGUGGUGUCCGGUGGUAUAAGUCUACAUGGGACGGGUGGAUGGGAAUGGAAGAACAGAUCAGCGCGACAAAGAUAUUCACGGCAAAUUUGAUCAAUUUCAACAACACUGCUCCGGUGACCUCGACAACUGGCGGAAACAGUACAAGCAAUCCAACAGCAGGAGACAGUGACACUACUGCCUCCACCACAACGACGACUGCAAUCACAACUGCUGACAAAGCAGGCGCUGGCAUCGUGACCGCAGUUUUCGUGAGUGGCUGGAUUGGAAUCAUGUGCUUCAUGAUGCUUGGUAGUUGA